AUGGCAGCACCGCACUUUGACAAGGCUGAAGAAGCCAUUGCGCUCGCCAAAAAGAUCGGCUCGUGAGUCUCCGAACCGGAAUACCAAAUUUCCCAGUAACUGAAAGCUCACGACCGGAGGCAGCACCUUCCAAAACAUGACAUUCUCAGAUCUGCGGGUCUGCUGCGGCGAGCAAGAGUGGCCAAUCCACAAAGUCAUCAUCUGCCAGCAAUCAGACUGGUUUCUGAAAGCUUGCGUGGACGGCUUCAUGGUAAGCUUCGUCUUAUAGUGCGUGGAGCAAAGUUUUCCACUGACAGAUCGCCAUCAGGAAGCGGACUCGAACACCAUUCGCCUGCAAGAGGAUGAAGCGUACAACAUCCACGCUCUCCUCGAGUACUGCUACACCCUCGAAUACGCCAUUCCGGACCACAUGUCCGCAAUCCCUCUGACCUUCCACGCUGGAGUCUUCGCAACCGCCGAGAAAUACCUGGUGUCCGCCCUCCAGAGGCUGGCCGUCGACCGAAUCACCCAGGCCUCAGCAUCUCCCGAUCUAGACCAAGAUCUGCCGCUCGCAGCCGCGCUCGCUUACUCCAACACCACCGACCCGCAGAAGAUGCUACGCAAGGCAAUGCUGAACAUUGUCGUUGCCAACAAAGAGACACUUCUCUCAGAAGACUCGCCACACAAGAAUUUCACAAAAGUCUUCAAUGACACGCCUUCUUUUGCUGCGGAUGUUGCUCGCGCAGUGGUGUUGGGGCAGCAGCAGCCUAUCGAUCCGGGCCCGACGACCGCCUCCAAGGCCACUGGAAAGCUUUAUCGGUGUCCAGCCAACUGCAGAUUGCCUUUCUGUGUCACGAUACCGGCCGAUGCAUUAUACACUCAUGUGUGUCCCUAUGCUGGAAGGUCGUUCACGAUGACAGGAGCGGAGUGGGCCGAGAAGCAUGUCUAUACCUAG